AUGGUCGCCCUCACCGACCUUCUCCCUCCUGCGAAGGGCAUUCUCCCCUACUAUAUGCUCCUGCUCUCCCUCCUCGCCAUUGGCAACUCUGCCCAGAACUACGUGACGCUGCACUACUCGCGCCGCGUCUACAACGGCAAAUACGUCCGCAACGCAUCUCUCCCUCCUCGCUCCGACAAGUACAACCCGGAAGACUCGGUCAAGAAGUACGUGCCCGCGCCCGCAGGCGCGAAGGAGUCGGAGACCCUCGACCAGGGAACGCCCCUCGCCGCGCGCUGCUUCGGCACCUGGACCCUGUUGACGAGCGUCGUCCGCCUGUACUGCGCCUACCACCUGCACUACGCGCACAUGUACGACCUGGCCAUCUGGACCUAUGUCAUUGCGCUGGGCCACUUCGCCAGCGAGUUGUUCGUCUUCAAGAGCAUGACUUUUGGCGUUCCGCAGGCUUUCCCGUUCACGCUGGCGACUGUUGCUCUGAUCUGGAUGCCUCAAGUCCGCAGCUUCUACGUUGACAGCCCGUAG